UCGACGGUCGCCGUAUUAUUCGCCGUGUCCGACGUCCCCGCGUUUUCCGUUCGCGCACCUCCCGGACGCGCCAGCCGUCGGCGGACGUUCCCCUCGAGGAUCGCCGUGGGCCGAGCGGAGCGUCGCGUCGCGGUGCGUUGCGCGCCUUCCGUCUGCCUGUUGUCAAAAUCAGCUGCCAUUGCUGACGGAGCUCUGGCGCUCCUUCUCUUAUUCCUCUAUUUUCGCUCUCCGUGAGAAUGAUAAGAGCCGUCGCGUCGCGGUGACUUGGUCGUGACAUCGCGUGCACUCUUGGUUCCCUCGAACGUUCCGCGCUUGCGACUCGCUCGCCGGAAUCUUCUCCGAUCUCUUUUUUUCUUUCGCGCUAUUGUGGCCUCGGGAAGAAACCGCUGAUAAAUUCGCAGAUUUUCUUUAUGCUCGGGAAGCUAAAACCUCGAUUUACAUCCGCAAAGCAAGAAUAAGGAAACGUCAAGAUAGAGCACUUGUAAAAAAAGUUAGUGUGAGAAAUAAGUGGGUGGUGAAUUUAAUUAAGGACAAUAUAGAGAGUAAGGGUAAAAGAUAAGUACGAAAGUGGUAAAUGCAGUGGCUGAGGAAGCGAUGGACCCAUCGAUGUUCGUCACAUACACUCCUCAAACAAACGGAGUUCCAUCGGAGUCCAAACUUGCUACCUACAUGAAUCAUCAGAAUCCUGGCAUAGGCUUGAGCACGACGUCAAUGACCAAGCAUUUGUCCAACCUUUCUCUGGACCCACAAAAGAAGGUAACUGCCAGUCCUGAAUUUGUGCCAGGAAGAGGCCUUACGGGCAGCAACAGCAGCUCGCCGAAUCUCUUUAACAACUCUUACACGCAUUCGCAAGAAAACGUAGGCGGCACUACGUAUUUCUAUUUCGGGAAUGCCAGCAGCGACGCUGUCGGAGUCGAGGAUGGCACUGAGGCUAUCGGACCCGUGGCAACGACGCAGAUUGGCUACGUCUAUCCGGGCACACCCUCGCAUCUGCAACCCGUAAAAACGGCGAAACCACCCUCCUCUAAUAAUUCCUCCGCUCCCUCCACUCCUCCGCCUCAGGCUGCUCCCAGCUUCUUUGCCAGCGAUACUUUGCGAACGGAAAUCUUGCAGAAGAACACGUUGAUAUUGGCACAGCCCGAUGUAGUGCGAUUUCCUGACUUACCUAAUGAAGUCGACAAUUAUCACGAGUUAUGUCCUUUGGAGCCAAUUCAUAAACCCGCCUCGACAGUCCUUGGAUAUCAAACUUCCACAUACAAGGCCACCAGUAUCAAAACUGGCACACGAUAUUGUUUACGUCGUAUUCACGAUUUCCGACUCGCCAAUACGAAGUGUAUGGUACUGGUCGAUAUGUGGAAGCGAUUGUCACACACAAAUCUGGUUCAGCUGAGAGAAGUCUUUACCACCAAGGCGUUCGGUGAUCAUUCCAUGGUUUUUGUAUACGAUUAUCACCCUGCCUCGGAGACGUUGCUGAACAAACAUUUCGCCUCGACUGAGCUUAACGGUUACACCGACCCGUUCUCGUCGGAUCCCAACGCACCACGGCCUUAUAGUCAUACCAAGAACACUAUUCUAAGACAGCAGCAUAGUAGCAUGCUACCGGAAAGUGUUAUUUGGAGCUACAUCAUUCAACUCACUGCCGCAUUUCGUGUUAUUCAUGCCGCUGGUUUGGCGUACAGAUGCUUAGAUCCCACUAAGGUACUACUUACAUCACGGACACGACUUCGUUUGAGUUGUGUCGCCAUUCCAGAUGUGGUCACUCUAGAUGGAAACACCACGAAUCCACUUACCCUCAUCCCGCAUUAUCAGCAAGAAGAUUUAGUAGCACUUGGCAAGCUGGUCUUAGCGCUGGCGUGUCGAAGUCUUAUCGCCGUCCAUCGCGACAAUAUGUCAGCCUCCAUCGAGCUGAUCACACGUUCCUACUCCACCGACCUUCGAAAUCUUAUCCUGUACUUGCUGUCGAAUCAACCCCGUAAGAGUGUCACGGAUCUCAUGCCAAUGAUUGGUGCGCGAUUUUAUACACAGUUGGAUGCCGCCCAGUUACGAUUGGAUGUUUUCGAGAACGAACUUGCCAAGGAAUUAGAAAACGGACGACUAUUUAAAUUGCUGGUGAAGCUAGCGACUAUCAACGAAAGGCCGGAACUUAAUAUGGAACCCACAUGGGCAGAGACAGGCGAUCGUUACAUGCUCAAAUUGUUUAGGGACUACGUAUUUCAUCAAGUGACAGCUGAUGGAAGACCCUGGUUGGAUCUUGCGCACGUUGUAGCUUGCUUGAAUAAACUCGAUUCGGGCUCGCAGGACAAGAUAUGCCUCAUGUCUCGAGAUGAGCAGAGUGUUCUAGUGGUAAGUUAUGCGGAGCUACGGCAAUGUCUGGAAACGUCGUUCGGCGAACUGGUACAAUCUACAAAAGAUGCUGUUUAAGGAUGUGUCCUCGAUAGCGCAUACUCCGAACCAUAAAUGUGAUAUCAUCACUUAGCGGUACUAUCAUUUUACUCUUUAUCGAGAUACUGGAGAGUGAGAACUGUCGAAUUCUGUUUGGUGAUAUAAGAAAUAACGCGCAACUGAGUUUUGUAUACAUGAUUUUUGCUCGUCGAUUCAAUUAGGUACGAACGCAUUACAAAUGCGUUGCAUUUAGGAUGUAAGACGUUAAAUUUUCGGGUCUUUAAGUCUUAAGGAUUUAUAAAGGGUCCUUAAAUCUUUGGGUUUUUGGAUUUUCCAGUUUGGAUCUUAGGAUCUUUAGACAUACGAAUUCUCAUUCAUUUUGAUGAUAUUUAGUUCAAUCUCGGAUCUCUGAAUAUCAAGUUUUGUAAAUCUUGGCUUCGGCUGAAUUCUUGUGUCGAAGGAUCCUUGGAUCUUUGGAGCUCUGAUCUCUUGGAAGUUUGAAGCGUGGGUUUUGAAGGGUAUCAUGUGAUUUCGCGAAUCAGCGAGGAUUUGGAUUCGCUGAUUAAAGCCCAUUACGGUACUAUACAAAAUUGUACACAACUUAACAAUGCAGUAAACUUAUAAGGAAUCUUAAGACAACACCUAAACACGCUCGGUGUCUAGGAUAGAGACCUUAGUUUUUAGGAUACAGCAUUAAUGGUAAGCAUUAAUUUUGAAAUAAAUGUUUAUUUUUGAAAGCAAUCCUAA